AUGGGGAACAAGCAGACCAUCUUCACCGAAGAGCAGCUGGACAACUACCAGGACUGCACCUUCUUCAAUAAGAAGGACAUCCUCAAGCUCCACGCACGGUUCUAUGAGCUGGCGCCCAACCUCGUGCCACUGGACUACAGGAAGAGCCCUAUCGUCCAUGUGCCCAUGAGCCUCAUCAUCCAGAUGCCAGAGCUCCGGGAGAAUCCCUUCAAAGAAAGGAUCGUGGAAGCUUUUUCUGAGGAUGGCGAGGGGAACCUCACCUUCAAUGACUUUGUGGACAUGUUUUCUGUGCUCUGCGAGUCGGCGCCCCGGGAGCUCAAAGCAAACUAUGCCUUCAAGAUCUAUGACUUCAACACUGACAACUUCAUCUGCAAGGAGGACCUGGAGCUGACGCUGGCCAAGCUCACCAAGUCAGAGCUGGAUGAGGAUGAGGUGGUGCUCGUAUGCGAAAAGGUCAUUGAGGAGGCUGACCUGGAUGGCGACGGCAAGCUGGGCUUUGCAGACUUCGAGGACAUGAUUGCCAAGGCCCCUGACUUCCUCAGCACAUUCCACAUCCGGAUCUGAGGACACCGCUGAGGCUACAGGGGCCUAGAAGCCCACCAUCCAUCCAGCCCUGCUACCUACACAGAUGUGGCCUCCAGGCUCCCCAGGAAAGGACCUGUGGCAUCUGGGUUCACAUUUCCUAUGGCCCUUUCAGCAAAAAAAAUCCUUAACCAGAGAAGUGGAGUGUGAGGAGUAGCGCCCUUCUCAGGGCCCCUGUGGUCUACCCCGAGGACCCACAGCUCUUCUCCAGCCUCUCCCCAGCCUCCCCCAUACCCUGGUGCCUCUCGCCCCUGGACGGGAAGGCAGAAAACCUGACAAGAGGUGGUGGGGUCUGACUUGUCCAAGUGCUGGACAGAUACCACAGUUGCCCAGGGAGGAAUGCAAAAAAAAAAAAAAAAAAAGAAAAAGAAAGUCAAGAGUUUCAGAGUUUCAAGGAGCUAUGCAAUCUUUUCCCACUACUCCAGGCUGGGCGCAGCUGCCUCUUGCCCUCUCCUGCACCCUUCCCAACGUGAAGCUGACUUCACAGAGGGUGAAGCAGGGUGAAGCAGAGGGUCCUCUCCUGCACCCUUCCCAACGUGAAGCUGACUUCACAGAGGGUGAAGCAGGGUGAAGCAGAGGGUCCAAGGGCUCCGCCCAGUCUCUCUGCCUUGCAGUCACGAGUACUACUUGU